UCUGGUCUUUGGAAGUAAAUGGAGUCUCAUUCAACUCACCCCCUCCAACACGCCGGCGACCCUCUGCUCUCUCUCUCUAAAACCAUUUUCACACUUUCUCUCUCCUCUCUUUCUCAGUUGGGAGUUCCUCUCUGUUCUUUUACCCACCUACAUGAAACAAAUGGAAUAUACAUAUACCUCUCCUACACAUAUAUCUGUAUAACUAUCAUACAAAAUAAAAAAUCACUUUGUUUGGAUUCUCUCUCUCUACAACCCAAAGCCCAAAAUGACAAGGUUUGGACACACCACUUCUCUCCUCCUCUUCUUCUUCUUCUUCUUCUUUUUCCUCCAGUUGGUGUUCUCUCAAUUGUCUCUAAACCAGACAACCACCAUGAACCAGCUCUAUGGUCAUCUCUCCAACAGCACAGCCCAGUUUGCUCCUCCUUCCCCAUGGAAUGUCACCAAAGACCCAAAUCCAUGUUCAUGGAAGGGUGUUAAAUGCACUUCCGACAAUUCUUCCAUCACCAAUCUCUCUCUCCCUUUUUUCUCUAUCUCUUCCCCCGAUUUUCUUGUUUCUCUUUGCCAGAUUGAUACCUUGGAGGCUGUUGAUCUCUCCAACAAUCACUUGAGCUCAAUCCCAGAUGGGUUCAUGACUGGUUGCGGAAAGAUUACUGGGUUGAAACUGUUGAACAUCAGUAGGAACAAAUUGUCUGGCCCUUUACCCACUUUUAAUGGUUUUGCUAAGUUGGAGUCCUUGGACUUGUCUCACAAUUCAUUGGUUGGAAGCAUUAAUUUACAGCUUGAUGGGUUGGUUGCUCUCAAAAGUCUGAACCUUGGCUUCAACCAGUUCGAUGGCUCUGUUCCUAUCAACUUUGGAAAAUCCAUGGUUUUGGAGGAGCUUGGGCUUUCUGCCAAUCACUUUAAAGGUAAAUUGCCUGAAUCAAUUGCGAAUUAUUCGAAAUUGACUUCAAUUGAUCUUAGUGUAAAUAACAUUUAUGGGUCGAUCCCUGAUAGAUUUGGAGAGCUUCUCAAUCUGCAACUUUUGAUUCUAUCUUCUAAUAAUUUGAGUGGUGGAAUCCCAAAAUUCCUUUCAACUAUCCAAAACCUAUCGCGAUUCGCGGCCAACCAGAAUUCUUUUUCUGGUGUUAUUCCAGUUGGGAUUACAAAAUAUCUCAAGAAUUUAGACCUUAGUUAUAAUAACUUAAAUGGGCCAAUUCCUGGAGACCUUUUAUCCCAAUCAAAUUUGCAGAGUGUGGAUUUAUCUUAUAAUUCAUUAAGUGGGUCAAUACCUGCAAAUAUGUCUCCAACCUUGGUGAGGCUGAGAUUAGGAAACAAUCAAUUGAAUGGGGCAAUCCCAUCUUCAUCUUUUGGAAGCCUUCAAACAACACUGACCUAUUUGGAGUUGGAUAACAAUUAUUUGAGUGGACCAAUACCUCCAGAAUUGAGUUUGUGCAAGAAUUUAGCACUGCUGAAUCUUGCUAACAACAACCUCACUGGUGGUUUGCCGGUACAGUUGGGUGUUCUGAGCAAACUUCAGGAAUUGAAGCUUCAAUUCAACAAUUUGUUUGGAGAAAUCCCAAUUCAAAUUACCCAAUUACAAACAUUGCAGAAACUGAAUAUCAGCUGGAAUUCGCUGAACGGUUCAAUACCAUCAUCAAUUUCAAGCUUGCAAGCUCUUACCAACUUGGAUUUACGAGGCAACAAUCUCAGCGGUUCAAUACCUGUUUCGAUUGGAAACUUGAAUUCCCUUAUAGAACUCCAACUAGGGAACAACCAACUCAAUGGGGCAAUUCUGUUGAUGCCACAGAAUUUGCAGAUUGCCCUAAAUUUAAGCAGCAAUCUCUUUGAAGGGCCUAUACCUGGAACAAUAUCAAAAUUGAUUGGAUUGGAAGUGUUGGAUCUUUCCAACAACAAAUUUUCUGGUCAGAUUCCAGAUUUUCUGGUUAAAAUGGCAAGCUUGACACAAUUGGUGCUUUCCAACAAUCUGCUCUCUGGUGUGAUUCCCAAGUUCCCUUCAUUCGUUACACUUGAUGUAAGUGGAAACAAGGGUCUCAUUAACGCUACCAAUUCAAACUCUCCCUCAUUAUCUCCGAAAAAAAGGACAGUUGCCGUGGGAAUUGUUGUUGCGGUUGCGGUUGCUAGUGUCUUUGCUGUUGGGAUAGUAACAAUCAUCGCCAUGUCGAUUUCCAGACGAUUUUACAGGAUUAAUGAUGAGCAGAUACGAUCUCAGGAAGACUUUCCUCAACCCCAAAUCAUCAAAGGCAAUCUUUUAACAGCAAAUGGCAUUCACAGAUCUAAUAUCGACUUCAACAAAGCCAUGGAAGCAGUGACUGACCCAUCAAACAUCUUUUUGAAGACUAGGUUCUCGACCUACUACAAAGCCAUCAUGCCUUCUGGUAUAAGCUAUUUUGUCAAGAAACUUAAUUGGAGCGACAAAAUAUUCCAAUUGGGUAGCCAUGAGAAAUUCGGGGAAGAAUUAGACGUUCUAGGGAAGUUGAACAAUUCAAAUGUCAUGACUCCUCUUGCCUAUGUCUUGACAGUCGAUAGCGCUUACCUCUUCUAUGAAUUUGCCCAAAAGGGUACCCUUUUCGAUGUCCUGCACGGUAGCUUGGGAGAAGCUUUGGACUGGUCAAGUCGUUACAGUAUAGCGAUUGGAGUAGCUCAGGGCUUGGCAUUUCUACAUGGUUACACUUCUGGUCCAGUCCUCCUCCUUGACCUAUCAACCAAAAGCAUACUAUUGAAGUCUCUAAAGGAGCCUCAGGUUGGAGAUAUUGAGCUUUGUAAGGUGAUUGAUCCAACAAAAAGCACGGGCAGCCUCUCUGCAGUUGCUGGUUCUGUUGGCUAUAUACCUCCAGAAUAUGCUUACACAAUGAGGGUGACAAUGGCUGGGAAUGUAUAUAGCUUUGGGGUUAUUCUGCUGGAAUUGGUUACUGGGAAACCUGCAGUGAGCCAGGGAACUGAGUUGGCCAAGUGGGUAUUGAGUAACUCGGUGAAGCAAGAUAAAUUGGAUAGCAUUCUUGAUUUCAGUGUAAGCAGAACAUCACUUGCAGUUAGGAACCAGAUGCUUGCAGUUCUGAAGGUGGCGAUAGCUUGCGUUAGCAUUUCACCACAAGCACGGCCCAAAUCAAAAAGCAUACUGAGAAUGCUCCUGAAUGCACGAUGAAUGGGAAUCCCAGUUUUGGUCACUCCAUACAAUUGUGUUAGAGAUAAGAGUCAAAGCAUCUCUGCCAUUUGAAAUACGAAGGAAAAGCUCUUUUUUAGAAUUCAACCUGCAUGUAAUAUAUUAAAGUUAUUUUCCAUACCAAUUUAUAUGUAAUACAUGUAUACCAGAUUUUGAAUCAAUGUAUAAAGAUGGUGCUAGAAUUGAUCUAUAA